UCAAUAAUGAUUAAAAAAGUAAAGGAAGAGAAUAAUGAGAUUCAAUAUGAGUACAAAAGACAGUCAUCAACCCUCACCCUUAAGACCCAUCGACCCCUUUGGUUCCUAUUCCCUGGUCUUGGAGGACAGUGGGUCGGUAUGGCUAAGGCUUUGAUGCCAAUCAAGGGAUUCGCAGAUAAGAUAGAGGAAUGCCAUGAAAUACUCAAACCAUUUGGUGUGGAUUUGAAGUAUCUGUUGCUGUCCGAUGACAAGGCCUCCAUGUCGUCGAUGACCAACAAAUUCUGUGCCACAACUGCUAUAGAGAUAGCACUCUUUGAUUUGGUCACAUCCCUGGGUAUUAUUCCGGACGGAAUUAUAGGCCAUUCGUUCGGUGAGAUCGCCUGCGCUUACGCUGACGGCGCCCUCACCACCAGAGAAGCACUUCUCGUCACUUAUAUAAGAGGUGUUGUCACCGAAAGUGAUAAAAAGAUACCCAAAGGUCUGAUGGCUGUGGUCGGCAUGUCUUGGUCUGAGGCCAAGAAGAUAUGCCCGAAAGGCGUUAGUGUUGUCUGUAAUAACGCGAAGGACACUGUCGUCAUGUCUGGUUUAUACAAUGAGAUGAAAAAACUGGUCGAAGAGCUGAACAAAAAAGGAGUGUUCGUUCGGGAACUGGAGUCCCACGACAUCCCAUACCACAGCGAAUAUCUCGUGACAUCCGCCAAAAGAAUGACGGAUGAGAUCACUAAAUAUUUGCCAAAACCUAAGCUCAGGUCCAAGAAAUGGAUGUCAACCGCGGUUCUGGACUCCGAGUGCGAAGAUAUACUGCGAUACGCGUCGGCCGAGUAUUUCGUCCAUAACCUCAUUAGUCCCGUCUAUUUCUACAACAAACUCAAGACAUUACAAUCGGAUGCCAUAAUCCUGGAGAUCGGACCGCACGCUCUCUUCUCGAAGAUAAUCACCCAAACACUCGAGUCGUCCACUUAUUUGUCACUCAUUAAGAAGGACGCCAACGAAACCAAUUUAGACAUGUUUUUGUCAUCCCUGGCCAAACUCUACGAGUUUGGACUGAACCCCACGAUUGAGAACCUGUACCCGAAGGUGAAGUGGCCGGUGGCCAGAGGCACGCAAUCGAUCAGUUCGCUGAUCCGAUGGGACCACAAACAGACAUAUUUUGUGCGCAAAUUCCCAGACUAUCACUUCAGAGCCACGGCCUCCGACAUGAAUGAAGUGAUUGAUUUGCAGCGAGCUAUCAAAUCCUUUUUGCCCGACCAUAGCAUCGACGGCAAUAUGUUGUUCCCGGCGACCGGCUAUAUGAUGCUCGCCUGGAGACAAUUGGCCGCAUUUCACGGCAAGAUCUGGAACCAAAUGCCGGUUGUCUUCGAGGACGUCCAGUUCAGACGACCCGUCUUUCUGUCGGAUAAUGAUGUGACGCGAAUGAAAGUCAGAUAUUUUCAACACUCGGGUAAAAUCAGGUCGUCCGAUGACUACACACUAAGUGUACAGAAUUUGCUACUCGAGACGGAUGCUAAGAGGGAAUACGAAGUGGUCUUAGAAAACGCUGAUAUCUAUAAGGAUUUGCAUAUUCUUGGCUACGAUUACGGACCCAAAUUCCAAGGCUUGAGAACCAUUAAGACAAAUGACUUCGAGAUCAUAAACGGAGAGGUGCUCUGGGAGGGCAAUUGGAUCACUCUCAUGGACUCAUUGUUGCAGACAAUGGCCGCUGCCAUGCCAUUCAGGAAGAUGAUGGUGCCGGUCAUGAUUAAACAGUUAAGAUGCGAUCCCAGAGUCCUCUACGACGCCGUCACUACCUAUAAGGUGGUCGCCGAAGACAAGGCUGAUGUGGACGAAGAGAAGGUGUUGGACGACGUCAUGGCGACGGAAGACGUCGGAGAGAUAUUGGAAGCAAAUAAUAUACAGAACAUCGAAGAACUCAUUGGACAGGACUUCCAUAUGUAUAAAUCAAUGCUUCCCUUCUAUGUCGAUAUGAACUCCCGGAUGAUUGUGGCGCCGGGUAUUGAGGUGGAAGACCUGAUGGCUCUUCCCAUUCCUCGUAAGACUAAUGUUCAGGACUUGAAACUAGAGUCCUAUCAAUUCGUGGCCAAUGAGGAGUCAGAUGCCAUCGAAGAAAGUCAUAAAAAUCAUAUUAAAGAGUAUUUGAAGGUUUGUUCAUCACUUGUGGCCAAAGCUAAACAUAUCCUCAAAAACGACGGCCACUACGACGGCAAUAAAGUGGAUGAAGAUCUGGUUUGUUCAUCACUUGUGGCCAAAGCUAAACAUAUCCUCAAAAACGACGGCCACUACGACGGCAAUAAAGUGGAUGAAGAUCUGGUUCAGGACUACUUGUCGGACAUGAAAGACGAAUACGUUUUGCUGAAAGUGUUUAACGAAGUGAUUAAACACUCGAGGGAUGAGAACCAGAAUCUGAGCAAAGAUUUGGGAAACGAAAGCCUCAAACAAUUCAUUAAUGAGUUACAAAACAAACCGGAAUUUGAUUUAUCACUGGAUGUCAUAAAUCAAGUCUCAAAGAAUGAGCAUUUGAUUCGAUCUCUUAUUGAUAUCGUCAGUGAGAAUAAUGUUCCCAAAAAGGAAAUUAAAGUCUUGGAAAUCAAUUUGACUAAUGGUUUGUUGGCCGAAGAGGUAGACAACCAGUUGGCGGCGUCGCACAUAUACCCCAUUGAUGUCAGUUAUAACAUUGCCGUCAAAUCUGCGGAUACUCUCAAUGAAAGCUACCGUAAAAAGUCUUUCAAAAUCAACGAAUGGGACCACAAGAAGACCGCUUUCCCCACUGACGUAACCCUUCCCAACCUAUUGAUAGUUAAGGACUCGUAUGAGUUAUGGGAUCUGAAUGUUGAGAAUUUUGCUCAAGAAAUGUAUGACCUGUUGGUCAGCAAAGGCUUCUUAUUGUCUGUAUUCCGGUACAAGUUUACAGAACCAGAGCUGGCGUUGAAUGCAUUGACCGGCAAAAAGGAUUUCAAUAAUGCAGACCUCGAGCAGAGAAUUGCAAACUUUAUGUCCGCCGCCAAGAAAGUGGGCUUUGAGUUGAUUGGCAGCAAAACCGAUGGCAUCGGAUCCAUGGCUGUGCUCUUCCGAAGAAUUGUCACUAAACUGGCAUUUAUUCCAUCGGAGAAAAAUGUCAUUGAAAUCAGUGAUAAAUCGAGUGAAUGGUUUGAAUCAGUGAAGGCCAGGCUCCUGGUUAAGAGGGAGGACGAGAAGGAUGACCAACACAUUUGGCUCAUUGCCAGCAAUACGGCAUUCAAUGGCAUCGUAGGUCUUGUCAAUUGUCUGCGUUUAGAGCCGGGAGGAGACAGUAUUCGCUGUAUCUAUGAUUACGACAAACAAAUCAAAUUCCCCGUUAAUUUCAAUGAGAGUCCCUUCAAAGAGAUUCUCAUCAAUGAUUUGGUCGUAAAUGUUGUCAAAGAGGGACAUAACGGCACUUUCAGACACUUUACUCUGCCUAAGGACUACGACAGAGUUCAGACAAGUGACUACUUCUUAAAUAUCGGACAAAACAGGGACCUUGGUAGUUUGUCGUGGUUUGACUCCAAGAAUUUGGUUCCAAAAUCUACUUAUUAUGACAUUAAUAAUAGAAAAUGCAAACAAAUCCGCUGUAAUAUCUACAGCUCUGGACUCAACUUCAGAGAUGUUAUGCUAGCGACUGGCCGUAUUGUGUCAGGACCUCAGAGUCUGUUCACAGACUGUCUGUUGGGCUUUGAGUUUGGCGGACGUCGUACUGAUAACGGCAAAAGAGUUUGCGGUUUUGAUUUGAGCCGUUGUUUUGCUACGUUUGUGGACUCUAUCGAGGAGUUCAUAUCUCCCAUUCCCGACCACUGGUCGAUGGACGACGCGGUCACUAUACUCAGCACUUAUAGCACCGUUUGGUACGGACUCAUAGAAAGAGCCAAAUUGCAGAAAUACGAGAGUAUUCUCAUCCACUCGGGCGCCGGCGGUGUUGGUCAGGCGGCUAUCACUGUGUGUCAAUACUAUAAAUGCGAUAUUUAUGUGACGGUUGGCACCGACGACAAGAAGAAGUUCUUAAUGACUGAAUACAAUAUCCCAGAGAACAGAAUAUUCAGUUCACGAGACACUCAAUUCAAGUUCAGAAUCAAAGCCCUCACGAAAGGAAAGGGUGUGGAUCUGGUGCUCAACUCAUUGGCCGGCGAUAAACUUGAGGCCAGUUAUGAAUGCGUUGCAGAUUGCGGUCGGUUUGUAGAGAUCGGCAAAUAUGACCUCCAAAUGAACAAACAGUUGGGAAUGUUUUCAUUCCUCAGAGAUAUCUCUUUCAUCGGAGUAUCAGUCGAUAGGAAACUAUUUUUAGUGCCGGGAUUUGCCAAACAGUUCUUCGAUUGGAUGCACGAGAACUGCAACAACGGAAUGAUUAAACCAAUCAAUAGGACUGUCUUUAAGGCCGAGGAGGCGGAAAAGGCUUUCCGUUAUAUGACAACCGGUAAACAUAUGGGAAAAAUCAUUGUUAAGAUCAGGGAAGAGGAGAAUUUUGAGAUCGCACUCAAGGGCUAUAAUCCGACCCAAAGACUGAUGGCAACCACUAAAACAUACUUUGAUAACAACAAAGUUUAUAUAAUUACCGGUGGUUUGGGUGGCUUUGGUCUGGAACUGCUUCAUUGGAUGAUCUUCUUGGGCGCCAGAAAUUUCGUGUUGACCUCACGAUUUGGCGUCAGAAAUAAGUACCAAAAGUUCAUUUUGGAUCGAUUGGAGUCUUUGGGCAAGAAGUUUGAGAUGUUUAAACCAAAUAUCGUGGUCUCGACCCAUGACACCAACACUCUCGAGGGCUCGAAAGCACUGUUCGCUGAGGCCAUCCAAAUGGGAACCAUUGGAGGAGUUUUCCAUUUGGCUCUUGUGCUCAAUGAUUGUCUCAUUGAGAAUCAAACUCACGAUAAGUUUGAGGAAACCGUCGACUCAAAGACUAAGAGUUUCCAGAAUUUCGAUAAAUUGAGUCGAGAAUUGAAUCUAAAUUUGGAUUACUUUGUGGUGUUUUCAUCGGUGAGUUGCGGUAAAGGAAACGCCGGACAAUCCAACUAUGGUUACGCCAACUCUAUCUGCGAACGCAUCUGUGAGUCCAGACGUAAGGAUGGUUUGCAUGGUUUGGCCAUUCAAUGGGGACCUAUCGGUGACGUCGGCGUAAGAGCUGAGCGCUCAACGAUGUCGGGCACAAAAGAGGCCAAAAUGGUUAACCAGAUUUGGUUGGCAUUAGGUAUUGACCCGAAGACCACUCCCGAUCACUUGACUCUCGGCGAGAUUGGUAUGGAGUCUAUGUUUGCUGUGGAACUACAACAGGGAUUGGAAAGGGAUUACGACAUUAAGGUGUCGUUGAGUGACAUUAAGUCAAUUACUGUAAAACUGAUGAAAGACUUCGAGGCCGGAAAAGUGGAAGAAUUGCGAAAAUUCUCAGAAGAAGUGAAGAAUUGUCGGACGAAAUUGAGUAAAAUUAAGUUCAUUAUCCCGACAGAGGUUACCACAAGACUUAAUAGUGUGAAGACUGGGGUUCCGGUCUACUUCUUGCCCCCAUUGGAGGGCAUAUUCGCUUCGUUGGAGGCGUUGGCUGAGAAGAUUGACCGCCCGGUCAUUGGUCUCAAUUGGACUAAAGAUAUGGAGAAAUUGGGUUCACUGAAGGAGAUCACCAAAUAUUACAUGGAUUUACUGAAACAACUGCACCCAAAGGGUGAUUACGAUAUCGUCGGUCACUUCUACGGAGCUCUGAUUGCGAUGAAGAUGUUGCAGAAGGCGCCGGUCGGUAAAGCCGUUAUCAUUGAUAUGUUGUCUGAGGUCCGUAUGGAUGAGGAGAUGCUUUCAGACGACUAUUUGCUGGAAUUGAUCGCCAAAUUCAUAUCAAAGGAUUUGCCGAAACCAUUGAAAGAGAAGAUAUCACGUGAUAUGAACGGCAAGACUGAUGUGAGCGGAAAGUUGACUAAAUUGAGUGAUGAGGUAAAGGACUUUGUGGGCAAAUCGCUGGUCAGCAAAGACUUGGAGGAGAUUCUGAUGAACUCCUUCACGAGAGCCAAACUUUUCACUCAAUAUCGGCUUAAUAUGAAGAAUAAGUUCAAACAGAUUAAGCUGAAUAUGGGCCGAAAGUAUCUGGAAAUGAAAGGCAAAGUACUUAUCAUUAAACCAUUUGAUUUGGCCGAAGAGGACGUGGUGGACACCGCAGACAUAUCUGACCGCAUCAGAGACUCCUAUUUCCUGCCCGAACAGGUUUGUGUCAUUGAGGUCUAG